CCAGAUAGCGGAGGGUGUAAUUUUUGUUUCUUACUGCGUUUACGUCCGUUAUAUAGAUCUCUUCCUCCCUGGUGUGUGAAUGCGUACUGAUCUCCGUCCAGCAUGGCCCCGACGUGGGGUUGAAGCCGAUGCGUGGGCAUUCUGAAGCGGACAAAGUGAAAUGCAUCCCCGGGGCGCUGAACCUGCUCCAUCCCUCACACAAAGCCUGUGAAGCAGGCCGUAUUUGCCCCCUUCACACGGAGACGCUGCGCGGGUGAUGAUCAAACAUGUCGGGGAAUCACUACAAAGGACACGAAGUCAGCUGCUGCAUCAAAUACUUCAUUUUUGGAUUCAAUAUCCUAUUUUGGUUCUUCUUUGUUUAAUGGCAAGCACCGCCCUCUACUGCCACCUAUGACCGCCACCUGUCACUACACAGUUUUCCUGCUGGCAAUCAUCAGACCCUGCUCUGCUCACAGUGUGAAAGUGGCCAAUUGCGGGUCGACCCGUGUUUAAAAAACCUGGGACUACACGCUGUUGGGCAUGGCCUUAGUUGGAAUUGGACUGUGGGCAUGGAGUGAGAAAGGGGUCCUGUCUAACAUCUCAUCCAUCACAGACCUGGGCGGUCUGGACCCAGUCUGGCUCUUCAUGGUGGUCGGGGGGGUCAUGUUCAUUCUAGGCUUUGCCGGAUGCAUUGGAGCGCUGCGAGAAAACACCUUCCUGCUCAAGUUUUUCUCUGUGUUUCUAGGAAUCAUCUUUUUCUUGGAGCUGACGACAGGAAUCCUGGCAUUUGUCUUUAAGGACUGGAUUAAAGACCAGCUCAACCUGUUCAUCAACAAUAACAUCCGGGCAUACCGGGAUGAUAUCGAUCUACAGAACCUAAUAGAUUUCACUCAGGAAUAUUGGGAGUGCUGUGGUGCAUUUGGAGCAGAUGACUGGAACCUGAACAUCUAUUUUAACUGCACUGAUGGGAAUCCUAGUCGGGAAAAGUGUGGCGUUCCAUUCUCCUGCUGCACCAAGGACCCAGCGGAGGAUGUAAUAAACACUCAGUGUGGAUACGACGUUCGUGCUAAACCAGACUCUGAGCAGAAGGACUACAUCAAUGUGAAAGGCUGUGUGCCACAGUUUGAGAAGUGGUUACAGGACAACCUCACCUUGGUGGCCGGGAUCUUCAUAGGAGUUGCACUGCUGCAGAUUUUUGGUAUUUGUUUGGCCCAGAACUUAGUGAGUGACAUUGAGGCUGUGAGGGCGAGUUGGGUGCCCCCCCCUCUCUCCAUACGUCGACUCCCACCACACUCCAGCAAGAAAGCAUCGGCUUACUACUCAUGAGAAACACACAUGCUGUAUGUGUGUUUGUAGCCGUUUCUUUACCUAAUGCUGAAACAGCAUUUCAACCUCAAACAGCCAGUCUUUGAACACACCUCCCUGAACAGAACAGGGAGCAUUCAGAGGACGUCACUGAUCACCUGCACCACUUUGCUCACUGAACCAGCACCUUUCUCAAAGCACUAAUGUGAAAAACUGCUCUGUAUAUAACACUGUGUGACCACUGUAAACAGAUAACUGUUGGUUAUGGUGAAACGCGCGCUACAUGCAGAUCGUCACAAUGCUCCAGUUUUGAUAGCUACUGUACGUGUAGAGAGUAGGAGUUUUGAUACAUCAUUUUUGAUAUUAGAUUUUUUUUUCACUUUGGAAAUAAUGCUCCAUUUCUGAACCCAUCCCAUUGGACUGUUAAAUAGUGUAUAAAAGAAACUGAGGUGUGCUUUUUUUCUAGUGAUUGCUUUAUGUCGCUUUCCACCACUUGUCCAGGACAUUUCGCACCGAAAGUUAGUGAAGUUAUAAAAGAAAGCUUACAAAACCGUGGCUGGUGAAGGACUGAAAGCCAAAUAUCCUUUUACCUCAAAAUAAUACUUUGAGGAUAUUUGUCUGUUACAGCAGAUUCUUGGGCUGUGGUCGAAAAGUUAGAAGAAGACGACUUUUCCACUACCUUGGUGGAAAAUAUCAUGGAAAGAUGUGAAGGAGAAUUCAUAAGUGGUUAGGAAAUGGCAACUGCAGUGCAAAGAGAAUCUGACCUCACUUUCACUGGGAUUUUUUUUUCAAACCAACUUCAUUUAUAAAAUGGAAGAUAACUACAGUGACAAACUCAGCAUUGAACAAAGAGUUUUUCAAUUCUUACAGAGGGAACAUUUCACCAUCAGUUAUUCAUUAGUAACAACUUAAUAAAAACUAAACAAAUGUUCAAAAAAUAUAAUACCAUGAAAGGAAUAUACAAAUUCUAAUUAAAUAAAAAAGCAAAAAGGACCAGAGUAAAUUAUAUUCAGAUGUAAGCAUGUGGACUGUACUUGCAUGGGCGCAUUUUUUUUAAUGCAUUCCACAAUGGAUUUAGCAAAAUGACAAGUAUGUAGUGUUUUGCUAUGGUGGUGGUAUUGUGAACAAGACACUAGAUAUUUAGAGACGAUACAAAAUUCAUUUGAAUCCAUGUUUAUGGAUUUGGAGCUCAGCCAAUCAUGUGAGGAUUCCUUAAUGUUCUAGAUCAUGUCACAAUAAUAAAACAGUUGCUUUAAACGUU